AUGAAGGUUGCGGGAAUCAAAUACUUUGCAUUAGCGCUAAGCUUUGCAAACCUUGCACUCGCUAAGACUCUUUCGCCAAGAAGUUCUUCAUAUUAUGUAGAUACCCAUGGUGCCUAUGCUCCAUAUGUCGCUAAUAAUUAUGAUAUGCUCUCCUGUGCUUUACAAAUUUCCAGUACUGUGACAUUUUGCACUUCCAGCUCUUAUGACUGUUUCUGUGGCAAUGAGUAUGCUUUGGCCACUAUGGUAGGCUGUAUUCACUAUGGCAAAGGAUCAAAGUUCCAUGUGUCUCAUGCUCUUAAAAAAAAGUGUAAGGCUACUGGUUACGAUCUUUCCAAUGAUGAUAUGGCUGAUGCUUACUACAAUUACACGACUUAUGGUAAAACGAAAGCUGAAAUCCCUGGCUUUUCUAUUGCAGCAAUAACCACCGUUCCCUUCAUUUUGAAUGGAACUCAAACCAUGUUAUAUAGAAAGACUUAUGGCCAUUACAUGAGAAAUCUUGAUAACAGUUUGUUUUACGGUAGUGGUAUGAUAGCUUUUUGGGUUGUCAUAUUCUUUUUGGAAGCUACUUCCUUUUGGUCAAAGAAAUUAUUUCCAAGAUUAGUCAAGAAAUUUACAGGACCAAUUUCCAUGUACUGGAGAAAAUAUGUUACUUUACCGGCUACAUUGCAAAGAAAAAGACACCAGCCAAUGACUGUGUUUGGCAUUCCAUAUGGUAUGAUGCCUUCAAGAAAGGAGUCAAUAGUAGUCUUCUUUUGGAUCGCUUUGGUGUUUUUCUGCAAUUCUCAUGAUAUCUACUACACAGUCGGAGAUGUUACUUUAACUUCAAAGAGAGUGGCCUACUUGAAGUACAUUACUGAUAGAUCAGGGAUCACAGGGACAACCCUCAUGCCAUUGUUAAUCUUGUUCCUGGCCAGAAACAACUUCUUUUCUAGCGUAACUGGUAUAAACUAUAAUUCAUUUAUGGUAUAUCACAGAUGGGUCUCUAGAAUAGCUUUUAUUCUAAUUGCAGUUCAUUCCCUUACCUACUAUCUUUACUACUUAGAACAAUGGUCGUACUAUCGUCAGCAGCGUUAUAUGCAAUAUGGUAUUGCCGGUACUCUUGCCAUGGGAGUGAUGUGUAUUCAAGGGUUCAUGUAUUUAAGAAGAAACUGGUACGAAAUCUUCCUUUUUGUACACAUUGGCUUAGGUUGUGUUGCCAUUGCUGGAGGUUGGAUUCAUGUUGAUACGUUAGGCUAUAAAUGGUUCUACUAUGCAGCUACUGCCGUGUGGUGCUUCGAUAGAGGUAUAAGGAUUAUUAGGUUAGCUCUCUUUGGAGUAAGAAAGGCAGAGGUAACUCUUAUGGCAAAUGAAACCAUUAGAGUUGUUGUCAAAAAGCCAUUCUAUUGGCCAAUGAUUCCAGGUGGUCAUGGAUUCAUCUACUUCUUCAGACCAACCUACUGCUGGCAAUCACAUCCUUUUACUUAUGUUGAAUCAUUUAAUCAGAAUACCUUAGGCAGUAUUGAGAUGUACAUGAAAGUCAAAGGUGGUAUGACUCAUUCGCUCUACAAACUUCUCUCUAAGGCCCCAAAUAAGUCCAAGAGCAUUUGGGUAUCUAUUGAAGGUCCUUAUGGAGAAACAACUCCAGCUUCUCGUUAUGAUACCGCUGUUUUUAUUGCUGGAGGUAAUGGUAUUCCUGGAAUCUUCCACGAAGCUGGUGCAUUGGCUGACCCUGAAUCAAAGCAAAGAAUUCAUCUUCAUUGGGUCAUACCAAACCUCAAAACUCUUCUGUGGUUCUAUGAGCCAUUGAAAGCACUUCGUAACACUAACAUAGAAGCUACAAUUCAUAUUACCAGGCCACAUGACCUUGAUGGACUCGAAGAGUUUGAAGGAUUAGUGGAAGAUGAUGAAAGUGGCACCGAGAAAAAGGGAAGUGAUAGUGAAUCAUUUGUCACUGAAAGCGCAAUAGUGUACAGAAUUCAGCUGUCCUUGCCUCAUGUGAAGUUUUCCUUCACAAAACCAGACACUGAUGCACUUGUAAAUGACGAGAUCGCAGAGGCUCCAGGUUCUAUAUGUUUCGUUUCGUGUUGCAAUCCUAUCAUGGUUGAUGAUAUUCGUUAUGCAUGUUGCAAUGCACUCCCUGCUAAUAUUGGAAAGAGAAUUGACUACUUUGAACAGUUACAAGUGUGGGCAUAA